AUGUCGGCGUACGAGAAAACGCUGAUCCCGCCGCUCAACUUCUCUAUGGUGGCGUCGGGCGUUUACCGCUCAGGUUUCCCUAACCGAAAGAACCACGCCUUCCUCCAGCAGCUCGGGCUCAAGUCCGUGUUAUAUCUGUGCCACCAGGGACACCAACCAGAAAACGUGGCUUUCUUCAAGGAGAAUAAUAUCGAAGUCUUCCAGUGCCCCAUCGACGGCAACAAGGAGCCCUUCAUCAGCAUUAACCCGGACGCCAUGGCUGAUGCGUUGCGCCACCUCCUCGACGUAAGAAACCACCCAAUCUUAGUGCACUGUACGAAAGGAACGCACCGUACAGGUUGCGUGAUUGGGUGCAUGCGCAAGAUGGAGAACUGGUCGCUGACUUCUAUCAUCGACGAGUACUGCCGCUUCGCUGGUCCUCGCAUGCGUCUGCUGGAUCAGCAAUUCAUCGAGUUUUUCACGCCCACAAUUCAGUACGAUGAAAGACAGAAGCCAAAGUGGCUUUCCUCUAGCGUUUAA